AAAAGGAAGGAAGAAAGGUAAGAAGUCUCUCCAACCCUAACCCAAGUAUUUGUCAAACACCUCUAACUCAAUACCAUAAUACUAAACAUUAUCUUACACCUUAAAUCUGGUAAAUUCCUCUUGUCUCCCCCUUUUUCCCCAUUAAAAUGCUGCCACCAUCAUUUCAGCUUCCUCGGCUUUGAAUCCUCCAUUAGCCACCUCCCAGAAUCCAACCAUUACUAAAUGCUAUCACUUAUUACUCCUAGCAACAACUCCUAGUCCUUUGUUAUGCUCACUAGCAUUAUUUAGAUCUUUAUUACUUUGUAUCAGCUGAAAAACUUUUCAAUGGCUAGCUUUCUCAGACCCAGUUUCUCCAAUAAACAUGGCACCAGUUUAAUCUAGCAGGGUGGAUCACAAUCUCAACUCCCAGAACUUUCUAAACUAAAUUCAAGAAGAACGAGCAUUAACACUGGAUUCUAAUAUAUUUCCAUUUCUACAUUACUAUUGCACAAAAUAAAGCUGAAACCUAUUUAGCUCUAUAUUUUAGAUUUUCAGCAUUUGCCUACUUCAAUGCCUUUCACUAAUUUUUUUUUUCUUUUUUUCCUUCCCUCACUCUUGGACUGUUCCCAAUCAUUUUUAAACACCAAAAAUUCUACCCUUCCUCUGAGACGCAGUUUAAAGGCUAAAUCCUUCCUGUCUUACCUUACUAUAUCCUAGGGUAAAAGCAAUCUCUAUCUUCGGCAUUUCCAUAGGAUGCCAUCAGAGCGUUUCUCAGAUGAUACUUUCCUAUUUCUUACUAGCUCCUUAAACUCAACACUAACAUUUACUGGAAAUCUACAAGAAGGUCCAGCUUCCUUUUCAUAAAAUGUAGGUAUUUUCUUCCUCUCAAUUUGCAACUGACAAAAGAUCAUGAAACAUCAUUAUUAAUAACAGGGCUAGAAUUUAUACUCAUCAUUUACUCUUACGCACACACUCGUUUUCUAGAGCUUGCACUCAAACCACAAAGGGCCAGUUACUAGCAUCAAGGCACUAGAGGACUAUGCUAAGUGCGGGGGACACUGAAACUAAUAAAUCCAAGGGAACCCUGGUCUCCACCGUAUUUCAUUUACCUUACAGAGCUCUCGGCUGAAUGAAAAUUAACUCCAACAACUUGUAUUCACCUCCUUUUGAAUAAUAUCUAUCAACUUGUAUGACUUCUUAAGUUUCUUUCUAAACUCCUACCACUUCAAGAGGUCACGUUAUCGUCACUUUUGCAUCCCCAAAUCAGAGGAAGCCUAACUUGGUACAGUGCACAUUAAAUCAUUGCUGAAUACAAGAAAAGCUCCCAAUAACUAGAUCAGAUUAUAGACUACCUUUCUUUACCGUUGAGUUGAAGUCACUACUAAACAAGUCAGAGACGUAGUCCAAAGGACAGCAACAUUUUAAAGGUCCCCGUACCAAUCUUAAGGAUCCCUGACAGUGGCUGACUGUUACGGUUACAAGAGUAUGAGGACACUAAUCAUUGGAAGGGAUAUACUCAGUAGUGAGAAACCACUCAGGAGAAGCAUCAACCUCCAAGGGGGGGAAAAAAAUAUCUCUGAGUAACUAACUGGGAGAAAGAAUACUAGUGCAGAGUAGCCACCAAGUUGCUCCCCUGUAAACCAAGGAAGUGUUCUAAAGUCCCCCGCCUCCGGGGGCCGGUCACGUGCACGACAAUUAGAUGUAAAAACCGUGCUCAGUCCAGCCGAGAGAGCUGUGGGGACCGUGCUCCCGUAACACGCGGAUACUCGGAAAUCAGCAGAGCAGCAGCCACGCUCAGCAAAAGCGCGUGGGGCUGCAGCUGAAGGUGUUGGGUGAUCCGCCGGAGCAGGCGCUGUCCGCAGGAGCACCCCCGGACUGAACGUGCAGAGGACGAUGCCUCUCCUAACACAGCAGUACCAGGACGAGAAUGAGCAGUACAGUUUAGCGGCCAGCCUUGACAACGUUAGGAAUCUCUCCACUAUCUUGAAAGCUAUUCAUUUCCGAGAACAUGCCACGUGUUUUGCUACAAAAAAUGGAAUCAAGGUUACAGUGGAAAAUGCAAAAUGUGUGCAAGCAAAUGCUUUCAUUCAGGCUGCAAUAUUUCAAGAGUUUACAGUUCAGGAAGAGUCUGUUACCUUUCGAAUUAAUUUAACUGUCCUUUUGGACUGCUUAUCAAUUUUUGGAUCAAGUCCUAUUCCAGGGACUUUCACUGCACUUCGGAUGUGUUACCAAGGUUAUGGUUACCCUUUGAUGCUAUUUCUGGAAGAAGGAGGAGUGGUGACAGUUUGCAAAAUCAACACUCAGGAGCCUGAGGAGACUCUGGAUUUUGGUUUCUGCAGCACUAAUGUUAUUAACAAAAUCAUUCUGCAGUCAGAAGGGCUCCGGGAAGCAUUUUCUGAACUGGAUAUGACAAGUGAAGUCCUGCAGAUUACCAUGUCUCCUGAGAAGCCUUAUUUCAGGUUAUCUACUUUUGGAAAUGCAGGAAGCUCCCACCUUGACUAUCCCAAAGAUUCUGAUUUGAUGGAAGCAUUUCACUGUAAUCAGACCCAGGUCAACAGAUAUAAGAUUUCUUUACUGAAACCCUCUACCAAGGCAUUAGUCCUGUCUUGUAAGGUUUCUAUUCGGACAGAUAACCGAGGAUUCCUCUCGUUACAAUAUAUGAUUAGAAAUGAAGAUGGACAAAUAUGUUUUGUGGAAUAUUAUUGCUGCCCUGAUGAAGAAAUACCUGAAUCUGAGUCUUGAGUAUGAGAAUUUAGUCGUGUAUGUAUGUGUACAUUCAUGAAAGGUUAGGUUCUCAUCCUGAAUACAGUACUCUUCAUGAUUUCUCGCUAGAUUUUCCAGAGGGAAGAAGCAUGGAGAAGACAAGGCCCCUGUACCCUAAUAGUUGCUAUAUAUUUUAUAAAUAAACAUUUUCAUCCAGUCACAGAUUAUCUAAUAUUGGACUGUCCUGUAGUUCUAUCUUUUGAACUCAUGGGAAUCAGUGUGAGCCAAGAUGAAGAAAUAUUAUGCUCUAUUUAAGUAGAAUAUUUCAAGAGUCUAAAAUUUUAAAGUAUGACAAAGUUAUAUCUGAAGAUGUAUUUAUUUAUUUACUUCUAGAAAAGGCAAAGAUAUAUGGGAAUUAUUUAUUUGAAUUCCAGAAACUAGAUCUUACAGCAGUGGUUCUCAAAGUUGUGCCCGACUAGCAGCAUCAGAAUCACCUGGGAACUUGUCAGAAACUGGGUGGAAGGUGAUGGGAAGGUACGCAUUAUUCUGUAUUUCAACAAGCUUCCCCGAGGAAAUUCCGAUGCAUGCUAAUGUUUGUGCCAUGUUUUAAAACAUACUGUUUUUUAAUAUAACUUAUUUUUUUAAAUGUAUCUUUGGGAGAAAUCUAUAAACAGAUAUAAAACAGU